AUGGGAAACCAGCCAUCCAAGGAAGGCGGCCAUGCUUCUGGCAAGGGUGCCGGCGGUGAGCGCACUGCCGAGGAUCUCAAGUCAUACCCUUCGUUCGGCAGAUCCGAUACCAAGGAUUCAUCCCGCUCCUUCAAGGCCUUGCGAUCCAAAAUCCCCGGUUCCAGCAACAAGACUGACAGCCCGAGGAACUCUGUGAUUGCUUCUCCCGCUGACGAAAAGGCCGACGCUUCUUCGGGUAAGUCCCGAGGCCGCAAUGACUCCGCCACUUCUCCCACGUCGCCAUCAGGCGACAUCGAAUCCCCGCUUGACGACUCCCAGCCGCCCCCGUCUCCAACCCAGUCUAGCACUAUCAAGAGCGGGCAUCACGACGUGAGCGCUGCUCAGGCAUCCGGCGAGGUCGACCAUGUAUCUGACCAACCGCCUUGUGCCGGAGGCAGCCUCAACACACACAUGCAGCAGCCCGGCAAGUCCAUCUUGGCUAAGGGCGGUGACGGUGCCGCCACCCCUGUUGCCAAAACCUCGUCGACAAACUCUGGCGAUAGGCACGAGGGCGGCGUGGCCAUGAGCGACAUCAAGGACAUUGAUCUCGACGACUUUAUCAAGCGACUUCUCGACGCAGGUUACGCCGGCAAGGUUACCAAGAGCGUGUGCCUCAAGAACGCCGAGAUCGUUGCCAUCUGCCAGCGCGCCCGCGAGGUUUUCCUCUCCCAGCCUGCCCUUUUGGAACUCGACGCGCCGGUCAAGAUUGUCGGCGAUGUUCACGGCCAGUACACGGAUCUGAUUCGCAUGUUCGAAAUGUGCGGCUUCCCUCCUUCGUCCAACUACCUUUUCCUAGGCGACUAUGUCGACCGCGGCAAGCAAUCCCUCGAGACGAUUCUCCUCCUUCUGUGCUACAAGCUGAAGUUCCCUGAGAACUUCUUUCUCCUUCGAGGCAACCACGAGUGCGCCAACGUCACCAGAGUCUACGGGUUCUACGAUGAGUGCAAGCGUCGAUGCAACGUCAAGAUCUGGAAGACCUUCAUCGACUGCUUCAACACGCUGCCAAUCGCCGCCAUUGUUGCGGGCAAGAUUUUCUGCGUGCACGGCGGUCUUUCCCCUGCUCUGAGCCACAUGGACGAUAUUCGCAACAUCGCUCGACCCACCGAUGUACCCGACUACGGACUCUUGAACGAUCUCUUGUGGUCCGACCCGGCCGAUAUGGAGCAGGACUGGGAGGCCAACGAACGAGGUGUCAGCUACUGCUUCGGCAAAAAGGUCAUUCUUGACUUCCUUGCAACGCACGAUUUCGACUUGAUUUGCAGAGCUCAUAUGGUGGUUGAGGACGGGUACGAAUUCUUCAAUGAUAGGGUCCUUGUUACAGUUUUCAGUGCUCCCAACUACUGCGGCGAAUUCGACAACUGGGGCGCCGUGAUGUCUGUCUCUAACGAGUUGCUCUGCAGCUUCGAGCUGCUCAAGCCGCUUGACUCCAGCGCGCUGAAGAGCCACAUCAAGAAGGGCAGGAACAAGAGACAGAGCAUGCUCAACAGUCCGCCUGCGCACGUCGAGCCGCGAAGCGUUUGA